AUGCAAGUUCACUACAGCUAUGUCACAGCAGUCUGCAUGGUGUUGCUGUUGGUAGCCGGGAGCGAAGUUUCCCAAGUCGAAGUCAGGAUUCCCACGCCUCCUAUCUUCCCUCUUACCAUCACUGUCGCUGCCGUUCGGUACUUGAGCAUAUGUGCGGUUUCUGCUAUCAUAGACCAGCAAAAGCGCGCUGCCUUCAUCACUGGGAAUGGAUCGAAUGUUUGGGCGCAUAUAUGGAGGGAUAUGAAGCAAGUAGCACAUGAAACACUGCUGGUGCGUCCUAGUACAGACGUGUUCCAUUCCAAAUGUCCCUUCCUUGGACUUGCCGCCGUCGCUACACGACUCAAACACGACUUUGGUACCCGCUCCUUGCGCCCGGCGGCUCCCUGCCUUAGCUUCAAUGCUCCAGGACGCACACAGUUGCGCUCAUCACGAGCUGCAGAAACCCUUUCCUACUCGCAUUCUAAGCAUGAACGACUCCUCAGUUCGAGGCCUUCGAUCUAUGUUCUGUUGAGUGUCGACGAAUCGCGCACACGAGUGGUGGAUGGAACACUGCAGCGGCAAUGUGGGGACAGGUGGUCGGGCAGGAAGUGUUUGCAUGAAAUGUAUAUAUACGUAUGUGGAUGUCUGGAGAGGUACACAGAUGAGCAUCAGUACGGGUCCAUGAACAACAAUACACAUCAAUGCAAAGGCUACGAAAAGGCCCAUUUUUGGACGUCUGUUGACGUCCAUGGGUAA